UGAAUAACCCCAAGUGGGUGCGAAAUACAUGUAUCUGUACAUUCUGUAAAGAGGAUUAGUGGUGGUAUUCUGAAAUUCUAUUGGACAGUUUACGGAGGGGCGUUUCUCUUAUUACGCACAUAUACUUGGUUUCAUUGGAUUGAUUCUUGUGAUUCACCAACACGAACUGCUCGUCAGGAGACGUCACAGAAGGGGCUAAGAAAAAGAAAUGAAAAGGAACUUGUGAUCUCAGUGCGCCCAUGAGCAGCUUGGACUGAACGGAGAAUCGGAAUAUUACCGGAAUCUAAUAGCACUCUGAUAAAGUUGCCAUGGAAAGAGUAUCGUCUGCCGGUGCCUUUCCGGAGCAAUUCGCAUCAUUCAGGGCAGCUUUGGAGGCUGCCUUAUGCGAGUUUAUCCGCUCUGUGGAUGAGCGUUUCAUUGAGUUCCAGCUAGCCAAAGAGAAGGAGAUUGAAAUCUUGAAGCUGGAGUUGGAAACAUGCCGGCGCAAACUAUACCAGGCGGACGGGGAUGACCUUUCCCGACCCCCUAAAGACAGGAGAACAACAGAAGCAGCAACAACAGAUCGUCUCGGAGUCCAGCAGUGCACACUGAACGGUCAAUCAACCGAAUACAACGAACAGAUGGACCGACGGGGGCUCUCUAUCAGGAGUGCUGAGCACAAUGUCCCAGAAUCAAGAAACGCGAGCUUACGGAGUCGAAGAAACAUUCAAGGUCUGCCUGAAAAAUCAAUAGAGGAUGUGGUGCCCUCUGGUGGACCCUUGGAGAUGGAUUGUGUGACUGAAACAAUGGAGAUGGGUUCUUUGCGAUCUGCAGCUGGCACUUCAGAGUACAGUUGUCAAGAUGAUGAUGAGGAAAUUGUUUGUGGGAUUCUGGAGAACAACAUGGAACAGGUGCCGGUCAAUAUUAAGAAUGAAGAAGGGUUCAUUGCCAUUAAAGAGGAGGCUUGUGAGGCAGAGCCCAUUGUGUCAUAUGCAGUCAUUCUAUCAAAUUCUAACAACAAAGCCCAUCUGGAUGCCCUACAGAGAAGUAUGCCCUCAAUGGAGCAUGUGCAUGGGUGUGCAGGUGAUAUAGUGGAUAAACCAUAUCAAUGUACACAAUGUGAAAAGGCCUUCAGCGUUUCCUCAAACCUCAUUUUACACCUGCGUACCCACACGCAAGAAAAACCGUACCGCUGUGACGAGUGUGGAAAGACGUUCAGUCAAAGCGCACACUUUGCUGUCCACCAGAGGAUUCACACAGGGCACCGUCCAUACCGAUGCAGUGAAUGUGGGAAGACGUUUGCUCUCGACUCCAUCCUUAAGAAACACAUGAGGAUCCAUACGGGCGAUAAACCGUACCGUUGUCUGGAAUGUGGAAAGACGUUCAAUCAAAGCACACACCUGAGCUUACACAUGCGCAUUCACACCGGAGACAAGCCCUACCAGUGCCUUGAAUGUGGCAAGAUGUUCAGCCGGAAUUCAAACCUCAAGGAUCACCAGAGGGUUCAUACUGGGGAAAAGCGCUAUACGUGUACAGAAUGUAAUCAAGUGUUCACAUGGCUGGGUCAGCUUAAAAAACACAUGAAUAUUCAUGAAAGUGAAAAGCCAUACUGAAGAAUCGACUGUGCAGUUGGAGAGCUCUAAAACACAUUUGAGAAUUUAGAAGGGAAGUGAAAACUGCUACAUUAAGACAUUGGUAUCCACAGCAGCAAAGACUUGUAUGCAGAGCAAUCGAAAAGCAGAUUAUUUUAUGUUUCAUUCCCAGUAUUGUCUUUGAAAAUUUAAUUAUCAAGUAAAGGCAAUUUAAGCAUAAAGGCAACACUACAGUUUGGAGUCAGCUUCAAUGGCGAUCAUACUUACUCUACUGUUACAUAUCUUGCCUUAAGGUUAGUGACCUUGACUACUACACUGGUACAUAUCUUAAGAUUAACGAUCUUACCUACUACACCAUUAUGUAUGUUACCUUAUGGGUGGUAAUCAUACCUACUACAGUAUUACGUGUCUUACCUUAAGGUUAGUGAUCGUACCUACUACACUGGUAGAUAUCUUGCCUUAAGAGUAGGGAUCUUACUACACUAUUAUGUAUGUAACUUUAUGGUCAAUCUGUACUUUAGAGUCAACUACUGAUCAUACCAGGCAUACUUUCCAGUUCCAUCAGUAUUUAACAAUGAUGGUGGUGUUUGACUUUUUGGAAGGGGCUAAACCAAGUCACCUUAAUUUCUCAAAGACUAGUAAAAUAUACACAGUAUAAAAGAGUGGCUGAAGUGGCAGACCAAAUGUACUUAAAGUGGAUGAUUCAUGCAGUCUUACUGCUUCAGUAUUAUUUGUUUAUGCUCUAGGAGCACUUGGACACAUUGCCUGAUGUUGUUGGUCUUUCAUCGUUAGAUAAACCCAGCUGAGGUGCAUCAUUGCCCUGCCUGUGUCCAAGUCGCAUUACCAGUCCACGGCUCGCUCGUCCUGAUUUUUAUCCAUCUAGGGAGCCUCCCCAGUGGUUCAAAUAGCCUUUCUCAGAUGUGUACCUCGGAUUGUCAAUUGUGAGCCACCAUCUGACCUCUUCAGUACUGAAAAAUAUUUGGUUAAUAUGUAUCGUUUUCUUACAGCUGUAUAAGAAGUAUUUGAAAAGGAAGAACUUGUUGAAAAAUAUGUUUUCUUCUUCAAUGGAUGAUCUAAAUUUUUUGCUUCACACUUGUUCAUUAAGAUGUAUUUUUAUUUGGAAUGUUAGUCCAUUAAAUACCUGAAUGAAAUAAAAUGUAUCACACAU